UCAUUAAUGUAACAAUUCGACGUCCUUCGUAACAGUUUCGUAUUUCGGAGCCCGAAAUCCGCGCGCCACUAAACCAUCCGUUACUAAUUUCGUGCUCUGCGGCCGCGUUUUCCACCGCCGCUUUCCCCAGAGGUCUCUCCGUCCAAUUUCUUCUAUACAUUCCCGUUUUCUCGAUACUUUUAUUCGAUCAUAGAUGGCGUACCGUUUCCCGCCCGGCCAUGAGGAAUCGGAAUCCGGGGAGAAGGCUCUCCACGGCCGUCUCCAUCAGCAGCCGUUUUUACCUUACAACCAGCCGUCGACCUCUGCGGGGCCAUUGGCUCUCCUGGCGACGGAGCAGGAGGCCCAGAGAAGCCCUAGCUGGUUUCGGGGUUUCAUCUCCGGCGCAGGGAAGCUGAUCUCGUCAGUUCUUGGUUCUGAGGGAAGCGUCUCGUCCCAUUCGGAGUGCGAUUCGGAUUGUUGCUCCGACGAGGAGAACGAUUCCCGUUCCAAUAAACACGUGGAUCACUUGCUUUCUGACGGAUUAGCUGAAUUCAAUAAGAGAAAAAGUGUGGUGGAUGGAAAUGUGGAGCCUCUGGCUAUUGUUUCCAAAAGUGACUCAAAGCUUGUUAUUGAGCAGUUGCUUAUGCAGGAAACCUUUACGAGAGCUGAAUAUGGAAAACUUAUGACAAUACUUCGAUCACGGGUACUUGACAUCCCGUCUGCUAAAGGUGGUGAGCGCGCUCAGAAUGAGGUUCCUAAAAGUUUUUCUGACAAAAGACCAUGGCAGUUGUGGAACCCGAACAGGAAUGUAAUUGGAACCUCUGGUUUUUCUCUAAGUAAUCCAUCUGUCUUUACACCAGGAUAUUAUGCCAGUGAAGCAGUUACCCCUGAUCCUUGCAGCAAAGCUGUUCUUGAGGCAAAGAAAUGGUUUGAACAGAAAAAGCUGUCUUCUAGUCCAAUAUGUGAUCAAGAAUUUGGACCUUGCAGCUUGAAUACGGAUAUGAAUCAAUAUUGUUUUGAUGGUGAUGACGGCUCACCAAUUGAGAUGGCAAGGUCAUACAUGCAGUCCUCGUCUCCAUGGGGAUCUCCAUCCUUCGGCACCAUUGGUUUUAAGAGUCCACCUUCGAGUGAGAAGCAGUCUUGCAGCAUUGGCACUCAUUUGUUUCCAUCUUCAAAGGUAGGAAAAAGGGAUUAUGCUGCCACUCGAACUUGGGACCCGAAAGAGAACUCUACAAUUUCUUUCAAAUCAAUAUAUAAUGAACCAAGAAUUACUAAGUGGAGGAAAACAAGUUCAACCACAGGGCCUUUAGCACUUGAGCAUUCUAGAGCAACAUCAGCAACUCCAAGCUUUGGCUAUCAACUUGCUGAUGAAUAUCUUAAAUUGCAUGAUAGAAAAGCUCCUGAGGUUGGUGACCAGAGGGAAACAUAUGAGGAGCUUUCUCAACGCAUCACUAGGGCCGAGUUUGCUGCAAUGGAAACUCCCAAGUAUUUGUCUCCUGACUUUUUGGCCAUGUAUUGCUAUGAUGUUAAUAAGCCUAUAGCAAGGCAAAAUAAGGGUGUCGAUUUUACUUCUGUAACCAAGGCACAG